AGAGUGUGAGUUUUGUGGUGCCACAUUCCUGUAGUUGGUAAACUUUCAAUUUAAAAACAAAAGUAAAACUCCUCACACACUUUUCUUUGUGAAUAUGGUAUGCAGGAAAAAUUCCUGGUUACUCUUGAUCUAGGCAGAGGGAUGCAAUGCCUGAUAGGAAAUAAGCGCAGCAGCUCAUCAAGUGAUUCACAGUGGAAAGUUCAAAGAACAGAGUGGGAGCUACGGCGUGCACCAAGGUGCCUAAUAGGACAGAAGCAGUGAUGCUCUCUUUGUCUGGAUGUGGUUGUUGACUGUAAGAGGAGCUGCUGAAUCUAGGAGCCCAGACACUCUGAAAUUUGGUAUCAGACUUCAUUGUGUUUUGGUCAACCAUCUUACUGUGAGACCCUUCUCUGAUAACAAAUGAUUUUAAAUGUUAAAGAAAACUUCUUGAUUGUGGUGCAAACUAGGAUUUUUGUUGCAUUAUGAGAUCAUCCUUUAAACUGUGGGGGGAGUCAAAAUCUCAGCAUGGACAAAGCAGCUGAGCUGAUGUGGCAGCUGGAGGAUUCACCUUGCAAAGCAGGACAGCAAGAGCAAAGCCCAGAUGAUGUUGAUAAAUCAGAGGUGCCAGAACAGCCUGCACACGGAAAGGACAAGAUGCCCCAGAGUCAUACUCUCCAGUGGGAGACUCUAGGCAGACAAUUUGUAGAGUAUGAACAGGUGGCUCCAUUUCUCAUCCCAGAGGAGCAACAGAGAAGGCUGCUGGACUUUCUUCCCCUCUUCUUAAAGGCCUGGGAACAGUCCGCUGGAGUAAUUGUAUUCCCCAACAUUCAGCUGCUAGCCAGUGAGGUUUCCAAGCUUCUGACGAAGGAGAUUAAGAGGACCGUCAAUGGCAAAUCUGCAGAGGAAGCUCGGCUGGCUUUGGAGCAUUUGUUACAACAGAAAGGGGAAGUAGAAGAUGGCCAUUUGCUCCUGAAAUCAGUGUAUCUGCUCUCACAGACUGACUUGAGAACAAUGUGGAACAUCAUUGGAUCAGGACUUCCAGCUGCUCUGAUGCAGUGCCUGUACCUUUUCUUCACUUUUCCUCUGGAAAAAAACAGUGAUGGAGAGAGAAACGAAGAUGAGAUUGAAACUCAGGAGAUGCUUGUUGAGAUAAUGCUAAACAUGUACAGAGAGGAACAAGGUGUAGAGGAACUUCUGGCAGCUGAUAAGCUUCAGUCAUUAAUUAUAGCAGCUGCUUCCCUCUGGGACCAGUGUAGCCAUUCAUGGAAAGUACCCACAGGCCGUGUGCUGCGAACAAUUUCAAAGGCUCAGACCAAAAACAGCAUCCAGUACUUACAAGCCAUGGACUGCAUUAAAAUAGCUGUUCAGAAUCUCUUUAAACUGGCUGAUACACUGCCUGCUUGUGAUGUGUGCGAAGCCGUUAGUAUUGUCUUGUGCUUUGUGAAAGAUUCCUAUCCUGUAUCAUCAGCAUUAUUGACAGAGUUUGAAAGUAAUGAUGGCUACCAACUCCUGCUAAAAGUUUUACUAAGAUGUGAGGGGUUGCAGCAAAAUGAAGGAGAUCCAUAUCUGAAUGAGAUUCUGGACAUGCUGACUUGCCUUACAACCUGUGGGAAAACUGAACUGAAAGUUUCUGGCAAUAUUAUACAUCCGCAAUUACCUCAAUUUGAUUAUGAAUGGACACGGUCUUCUGGAAUGACAGUCAAAAACCUCCAGGCUUUUCAGGUUUUGCAGUCAAUUUUUCAGAAAAGUAAUGAUCAGCACCUGUGUGGAACGAUCUUAGGAGCAAUUGGUACCAUAUGGGCCUGGGACACUGUGAACUUCUUUCUUCUGGAAUGGACGCUGCAACCUAUCAACCAGUUUAUUGACAUAAUCCAUUUCAAACCACAUCCGGUCCAGGUCCAGUUCUUCAAACUGGUAGAGUCAAUUGUUCUAGACCUGUCCUACAUCCCCCAUGACAUUUUGAAGAAGGUUCAGUAUUUGAUAAAGGAAAAUGUAGUGCCAUUCUGCACUUUAACAGCUCUCCGGUGCCUUCUCAGCAUUACCAAGAAGGAUCUGCUAUUCAGUGACAUAUUCCGGGACUCUGGGCUAUUAGGCCUACUGCUGGCACUUCUAAGGAAGCAAGCCAAAAUCCUGAGGAAGUCAGCUGGAACCCCUCUGCCUGGUCUGGAAGAAGACACUGAGAAGGAAUUAAAUGCUGUAAUGCUGAAGAUGGUGGCUGCCCUUACUGUGGGAUGCGUGAGAAACACUGUUGUUCUAAAGGACUAUGGAAUGGUGCCAUAUAUCAAGAUAUUUUUGGAUGAUGAAUGCUACAGGAGUGCUACUCUCAGCAUCUUGGAGCAGCUAUCGGUCAUCAACUAUGAGGAAUAUAUGAGCAUUAUUAUUGGAGCUCUCUGUUCUUCUACUCAAGGGGAACUACAUCUGAAACUAGAUCUGCUGAAGUCACUCUUGAGAAUACUGAACAGUCCCAAAAGUCAUUCAGCUUUCAGAACUUGCAGCGGAUUCAAUGGACUCCUGUCUCUUCUCUCAGACAUGGAAGGUGCCUUGCAGGAACCUCCACGUGGGCUGUGGGCAGCAGUUGGACAGAAUUGCAUAUUGGAGCUUGUUUUCUAUACACUUCAAGGGAUAACAGCCGCUCUGCACCUGGACCCUGUAAACAGCAACUUCUUUCAGAGGAACGGCCUCUUUGAAAAGAUGGCAGAGGAUCUUGGGUCACUUGGCUGCUUCUGGACACAAAGAGAAUGGCACACCCCUCUGAGCCUUGAGAAGAUGAGGACAUUUGCAGAAUUCUUGGAUGCAGCUUUCUGUUCUUCAGAACCUUUCCCAGCAUGGCUGAAGAACUGCAUAUGGAUUCUGAGUUUUCUUGAUCAUAUGGCCAGAGGAACCCUCCAUCUGGAGAAUUACUUCAAGGAAAUAAAGCCAGAGAUUGGUGAGGCAUCAAGUGAUGAUCAGGAAGGAACUCAAGCUCAAGGAGAACAUCCUGUUUUUUCCAAAAGACCAGCUAAUGAAUUACAUGCCUCUACUUAUAGGUUAUGGGGAAACUCUGAAGAGAAGUGGGAAAUGAGAGACUGUGCCAUUGUAAAUCCAGGUGCUGUCUGUGUUAUGGUGAGGCUGCUGCCACAGUUGUACAAAGAGGGACACUCUCAGAUUUCUCAGGAAAUCCAGUGUGCUGUGGCUGAUCAUAUUCAGUCCCUGGUGAAGUCGGAGAAGAGCCGCCAGGUGAUGUGUGAAUCUGGCUUGCUGAGCACUAUCAUAACUUCCUGUCAGGACGCCUUCCGCAACGAGAGCCAUCCGCUGCAUUUGCCCCUCACAAGAGUUUUUGAGAAGCUCGCCUCACAGUCUAUUGAGCCAGAUGUGUUAAGACAGUUUCUUUGUUUGGGAGGUUCUUUAUCAGUACCUUCCCAGCCCAACACAAAGUGGACUGAGGUCCUUUUGUGUCAGGAGAGUGAUUCAUCUAAAGCAGGUUUGAAUGAAGGUUCAGAGGGGGUGGUAGCAGACAAUAAAACUGCUCUUCAGACAGUUGUGCCUCUCAGCAACUCACCUUGGGUGUCAGAGAGAUCUGCAUUGGCACUCCAGACUGCAAUGAGUCUCAUCUCCAUGACAUCACCACGAAACUUACAGCUCCACAGCACUGCUUUGGCCCCAUCAUUUGUGGAGUUUGACAUGUCCAUGGAAGGAUAUGGGUGCUUAUACCUCCCUACUUUGGCCACUGUAUUGGGCCCAAGUGCAGAGCAAUCUGUCUCGGGUGGAAUUGGCAUGGGCAGCAGAAUGUUCCCUCCCUCAAGUGGUCUGACUCUCUCCUGUUGGUUUCUGGUUAGCAAAUUUGGUGUGGUGCACAACAGUCACCCACUCCGUUUCCUCACUAUUGUGAGGCACAUGUCAAGAACAGAACAAGAAUUUGUUUGCUUUUCAGUAAGCUUCUCCCCUCAGGACUGUUCCUUGGUCAUUUCCACAGAAGAAGUAGAAUUCCAGCCACUUGAUAUCAUGGAACCUGAGGGAGAGGUCCAAAAUCUCUCCCCAUUUCCAGAGCAAGUCCGGUUUGGCUGUGGCAAGCUGCUGAUUACUGGCCAGUGGCAUCAUCUCACAGUGACAGUUGCUAAAGAAGCAAAGAAGAGCUGUAUUGUGUCAGCAUUUAUAAAUGGUCAGAUGCUUGGCUCUGCAAAGAUGCGGUAUUUCCAGACAUUACCAGGUAGUUGUAUUUCCAUGGAUCCCUCUUCUUUUAUUGAUGUCUACGGGUUCAUAGCUACUCCUCGAGUUUGGAAACUGAAGUCCUCCUUGAUUUGGCGCCUUGGCCCUACAUACUUGUUUGAAGAAGCCAUUUCUGUGGAAACCAUGGAGAUGAUUAAUAAGCUUGGUCCACAAUAUUGUAGCAAUUUCCAAGCAGUACAGCUUCAAGGUGAGGGCCAGUUUGGUGAGCAUAAUCCUGCACAGCUCGUGGCAGAAGAGAAGAUUUCUUUUGGAAUCAAUGCUGUGUGCUCAUCUUUCACUACGAUUCAAGAUAUAAAGAACUCUUACAAUGAAGUGGAUGGCCGUCUGGUUGCUAAAGAGAUUGGGAUUAAUUCUCGAGACAGUUCAACUCCAGUAUUACUGGCCAAGAAUAUUGCUGGACACCUCUCAGGUUCUCUGCGGACUAUUGGAUCAGUUGCUGUGGGCCAAUACGGGGUGAGAGUAUUCAAGUCCUCUCCAGCAGCUACUAGUCUGAACUUCAUUGGAGGUCCUUCCAUUCUCCUGGGUCUUGUUGCCAUGGCCUGUGAUGACCACACCAUGUAUGCAGCAGUCAAAGUCCUGAAUUCCAUCCUGAGUAGUAGCCCAAUGAGUGAAAAAUUGAUGAGGCACAUGGGUGGAUACCAGUUGCUGACAUACCUAUUAAAGAAGAAAACACAGCUGUUAAACAACAGGAUUUUACAGUUAAUGUUCUCCCUAGUGGGCACGGCUGAACUUGGUUUUGAGUCUUCAGUCAUCAAGAAUUAUAAUGCAUUCCAGUAUAUUCUCUGUAAUUUUGAGCUUUGGAUGAAAGCACCAGAAAAUCUUGACCUUACUCUUUUUGCACAUGUUGUGGAGAUCUUGCGGUGCUCCAGAGAUGGAUGUCAGAAUGCUGAAGUUGCCCACCAGGUGCAAAUGGUACCCAAGCUCAUUUUUCUCUUCAAUGAUCCUGAAAUCAGUAACUCCAGGAUCACUGUGGUGUGCACUAUCCUAUCCCACCUGUUGCAAGGAUACUUUAACACAAAGGAUGUUCUCAGGAUUGGUUUGUUCCUUGUUUACACUUUGAAACCCUCUUCUGUGGAUGAAAAUCAGCUUUGCCUGGACAGUACAGCUGAGAUGCCCAGUGAAGCCUUAAGCCAAACAUCUGGAAAGACAAUCUGGCUUCGAAACCAGUUACUGAAGAUGCUGUUAGAUGUAAUAUGCUCAGCCAAAAUUCAUCUGUCCUCUGAGGCACAAGAGGAGGUUUUUUUGGCUCUAGGGCCAGACUGGUUUCUGCUGUUCACGCAGAGCUACCUGCACUCUAGCACAGUUGUGCUAGGAGUCAAGCUACUUCUGCACUUCCUACACAAUCGCUUGCUGCUGAACAAGUUCAAGGAAGGAAUAGUGGCUGGGCGCUGGCUGGAAAACAGCACUGCUGGAUUGAGUAUUCUAAUGGAUAAUUUAAAAACUCAUCCUCUGGUACCUGACAGUGGCUCCAUCUUGAUUUUUGGGUUUUCUGUGUUGCAAAAAUGUCUGACUGAUCAUGUCCACAUCCCUGAGAUCUACUUGCUGGUGGCAGGGCUCUUCCUGGCAACACCACAUAGUGAACCGCCUGAAACAGCCAAGGGAGAUCUUGACUCUAUGUUGCAGUGGAUCUUGCAGCAACAUGUUACAGAGAAUGUCCUCAAAAAUGGGUUGUGUGCAGAGGCAGCUGCUUUACUGCUAGAAAUGGUUAGAGUCAUUGUGGACAAGCCUAUUGCAGGUGCAGAAGCCACCUGGGAGACUGUCUAUCCAGGGAAUGUUGUACAAUUUCUGUGCUUGAUCUAUCACAGUUAUACUCAGGACCCAGUGUGGCACUGUCCUGACUUCUUGAAAACUUUGGCUAUGGUUGCCUUCCAUUCUGGAGCACCCAAGGGAAGUUCUGAAGGUCUUUUGACCCCUGAUGGUCCAGCAAUUGCUGAAGGGAAAGGCUGCACUGAUUCUUCUUCUCUCCCACUCCUGCCACACCCUGCCAAGAAACAAGUGUGGGAUUUUAUGCGCAUCCUCCUGAUGGACAGUCUUCUCAGCAUCCCAGCAAACAAACAAGGACAUCCACUAGAGCUUCUUCUUGAGGCUUAUCCAGAGGAUGCCACCAGUGAUCAGAAGAGACAUUUUCAGACAAAACUCUUGCUUUCUGCUAUGGAUGUCUUCCACAUUAUCAGCCAAGGUGAAGAGAAAGCAAGACCAAGAGGGAAUAGUGAUCUUCAUAGCACUUCAGAAUCAACUGCAUCUGUAUCCAUGACGAAUGUUACUUAUUUUGCUCAGAAACUGAUUGAGAAAAUGAACAGCAAAAUGUUUGCAGCAGACUCCAAGCAAAUCCUGCUCUUCAUUGCCAGGCAGAUUACCAGGGUCUUAGAAGCCCCUGUUUCUCAAAAGGAUCUUUUCCUCAGUACCUUGUACAGCUGUUUAAACAGAGCCAUCCUCUACUGCCUGUCCAGACCACAACAGUCACUGCCAGAACAGUUUAAUGUCCUGAACACCCUCAGUGUUCUACAGGAGCAGUGGGACGUUAUUUUUGCAACUUACAACUCAAGUAACAAUUUCAUUAUCUGCCUAAUGCACUGCCUUUGCCAGCUGAAUUUGGGCAGCUAUCCAGAAGGUUUUGGUGUGGAUGCAAAACCAAAACUGGCUUCGUAUCACCAAAUUUUCCUUGCACCCAGUGAAGAGGAGAAGGGCAGCCUGCCUACUCCAGAUGAUGUCCAUCAGGAGAUUCUGAGAACAGUGGAAAUCAUCUGGAAGCAGCUCAUCUCGCAGAGGCGGCAGACUCUAGAGGAUGUUUACAACAUGGAUCUCUCUGUAAAAGGAAGUGACAGAGAAAGGGACAUGAAGAUAACUGAGGUCACUCCUUUAUGGGAAGAAAUGAUGACAAAAGCUUGGCAAAGCUUCCUAGCAUCUGAAAAGAGAGUUCUUCAGAAUAAAUCAGUACUAGGCCUGUCUCAAAGCAAGCACAAUUCCUGGAGUGAAAGCCUCUCUUCAGCUAUGAGACUGAUGCCUAGCCGAAAUACGAAGGAAACAACAUGCAAAUCUGAGGGAUUUGUGUCGUGUAUGGAACGGUACCGAAGAACUGGGCAGGAGCUGUAUGCCUCUUUGUACAGGAAUCAUGUGCAGAUGCUGCAGUGUGGUUACAGCAAAGCAGCUAAGGACUGGAUGGUACUUGAGCAGCAGCUCUUCUACAGACGGGGCCCGUGGGGAGUUGCCUCACAGUCCUUAGAGCCACGAUGGAUUCUUGACUGUUACGAAGGGCCUUCACGGAUGAGGAGAAGGAUUCAGCAGGCAAGCAACCGAGCGACAAUGAUGCGAAUGAAGAGUGAGGUUCUCCUAGCAAACAGAAAUGAAACAACCCCUACUGCUGAAGUGGAUUCAGGAGAGCUGAUGUUAAAUGGGGCAGAAAAGGAGAUGGAUGAGAAAGGAUUGGAUUGUAACCAGCUAACAUUCUUCCCUGCUCUACAUGAAAGUUUCCAUUCGGAAGACUUCUUGGAACUGUGUGUGGAGAGACAAAUUAUAUUGCAGGAGUUUGCAGAGAAUGAAAAGGUCACAUUCAAGUGCUCUGUGGCAGUUGUGCAGGGACACACAGCUUUGGAAGGAGUGCUGCUCUUUGGCAGAGAGCACUUCUACAUCUGCGAAUGCUUUGUAUUGUCCCCUCUAGAAGAGGUCUGCUGUACACAGCACUGCUUGUCCAGGAUCAGUGAUCCAUUCAUUUUCAAUUUAUGUCAUAAAGAUCAUGUUGUGGGAGUCCACAGGUGUUCACGUUACUCGUAUCAUGAUAUAAAAGAGAUCCGUCUAAUGCGUUUUCUUCUGCAGGAGAUCGCCUUAGAAAUAUUCUUCAAAAAUGGUUACUCCAGAUUUCUUGUCUUCCAUGACUGCGACCGAAAAAAGAUAUUUAAGAGAUUUUGCUUUUUCCAACCUGCUUUGAAGUCAAAGGGGGUAACAGAAGAGUCCCUGAAUAUAAGGAAACACUCAGGAGGGGAAAAAACAAUGCUCCAGAAGUGGCAGAAGAGGGAAAUCAGCAACUUUGAUUACCUCAUGUACCUGAACACACUGGCUGGUCGCAGCUACAAUGAUUACAUGCAGUAUCCUGUGUUUCCAUGGGUCCUCGCUGACUAUCACUCCCAGACUCUAAACCUUAGUAAUCCUGACACAUUUCGGGACCUGUCAAAGCCCAUGGGGGCACAGACCAUGGAGAGGAAACAGAAGUUCAUCCAGCGCUACAAAGAAGUGGAAAAGAGUGAAGGUGACCUGUCAGCGCAGUGCCAUUACUGUACUCACUAUUCCUCAGCAAUUAUAGUGGCAUCUUACCUGGUCCGAUUGGAGCCAUUUACACAGACCUUCUGUUCUCUGCAGGGUGGGAGCUUUGAUGUUGCAGACAGGAUGUUUCACAGUGUCAAGAGCACGUGGGAAUCAGCAUCAAGGGACAAUAUGAGUGAUGUCAGGGAGCUCAUCCCUGAAUUCUUCUACUUGCCAGAGUUCCUCACCAAUGCCAAUCACUUUGAACUUGGCUGCAUGCAGGAUGGAACAGUACUGGGAGAUGUGCAGCUCCCUCCUUGGGCAGAUGGAGAUCCCCAUAAAUUCAUUCUCCUGCACAGACAGGCCCUGGAAAGUGACUAUGUCAGUGCACACCUCCAUCGAUGGAUAGACCUGAUUUUUGGCCACAAGCAACAUGGCUCAGCUGCUGUGGAAGCAGUAAACACCUACCACCCUUACUUCUAUGGAGACAAGAUGGGCCUCAACAACAUCAAAGAUCCUCUGAUUAAGAGCACCAUCCUGGGUUUUAUCAGCAACUUUGGACAGAUACCAAAGCAGCUCUUCACUAAACCACAUCCACCCAGGAAUGUUCAGAGUAAAAGUUCAUCAGGAAGAGAAGCAGUACUGUCCUUUCAAUCAAGUGGAAUUCUUCCUCCGUUUAUCAGCAGCCUGCAAAACCUGAAGCUCUCACCAGUUACAGUAAAAGACUAUCCGAAGGAAGCUGUUGGACACAUUGUUCAUACUGAGAAGGGCAUUCUGGCCGUCGAAAAAAAUAAAAUUUUGAUUCCCCCUCUUUGGAACAAAACAUUCUGCUGGGGAUUUGAUGACUUCACCUGCUGCUUUGGCAACUAUGGGUCUGAAAAGAACACGACUACAUUUGAGUGCAUGGCAGACUGGGGAAAGUGCCUCUGUGCUGUGUGUCCUUCAGCAACUACCGUAAUCACAUCUGGAACAAGUUCAGUUGUGUGUGUCUGGGAACUUUCUUUGGUAAAGGACAAAGUGAAACGUCUAAGCUUAAGACAGGCUUUGUACGGGCACUCUCAGGCAGUGACCUGCCUUGCUGCAUCUGUGACCUACUGCAUCAUCGUGAGUGGAUCUGAUGACAGAACCUGCAUCAUUUGGGACCUGAACCAUCUGACGUACAUAACCCAGCUUCCUGCCCAUGGGGCAAGUCUCUCUUCUGUUGCCAUCAACAAUUCAACAGGUGAUAUUGCAUCCUGUGCUGGAUCCUACCUCCACCUGUGGACAGUCAAUGGCCAGCCUCUUGUGAGCGUUAACACCACCUGCAGCCCCAAAAGCUGUAUUGCUUGCUGCUGCUUUGCUGAAGUGAUGGACUGGGAUACACGCAGCAUCGUCAUCACAGGAAGCACAGAUGGAGUGGUCAGGCUGUGGAAGACUGAAUACACCACCAGCCCAGGGCAAGCUGCUGGCCCGAGCUCACAGAGGGGCACCGUGGGAGAGACAAGCAGCUCAGGUAACAGGUGUGGAAAACAUCUUGUUCUCUUUCGGGAGCUGAAUCCCAGCCUUGCCUUGACUGGAAAGCCAAGUAAGAACAGCCCAGCGGUGACAGCGCUCGCUGUGUCCAGAAAUUCCUCCAAACUCCUUGUUGGUGACGAAUGGGGAAGAAUCUGCUGCUGGUCUGUGGAUGGGUAGGAAGAACUAGUCAGGAACUCAUGUUUUCAGCCUUUUGAAUGGAGAGAAAAGUGCCAUUCAGAGCAUGAAAGAGGCAAAGACAUCAGAAGCAUAUGGCUGGGGACUGGAUCUCAAAGGAACUGUUGGACUGAGCGUGCAGUCAGCUCUCAUUCAAAUCAAAUAAUGGACUCUAAAGCUGUGGGAAGGACACUGACAGACAUAUGCACAGACAGUGACAAUUCACAGUAUUUGUCCUUGGAAAACUUCUGUAUUUUAAAUGCUAUUUUAAAUACUGAACUUGAGAUAAUACUUUGUAGUUCACAAAUAACGGCUUGCAAAUAAAGUAGUCUUGAUUUGUGCCGAUGAGCAGUGUAGCUUAGUAAAAUGAACCAAUUCCAAAUUUAAUAUCAUGAGAUCAAGAACUACUAAAGUUUCAAAGUGACGUUAACUGAAUUUGUAGCAGAAUCUUUGUUCUUACUGAUGUACAAGUAUGUUAAUAUCUGUUCCUGACAUUCCUCCUUUCUCAGCCUGCAUGAAAGAAAUGUAUGUGUGCCUUCAGAAAAGUUAUUUUGUUUGAAAAAUUAAGGUAAGAACUCCUAGAUCCUAGAUUGACAGCAGUGCCUUCAUCCAAUGCAACCGUAAAUAUGUUACGGAGCAGUCUUUAUUUUGAAAUUACUGACCUUUUUUUUUUUUCAAGGUGAUCUGACACAGCUGGUCAACAUACUCUUUCUUUAUUUUCCUCUCCUGCCUUCUUCCUGGGACAUGUUGUGAUGCUAUCUUGACUAUUAGUAUCAGGAUUUACUUUCAUAAUCACUCUGCAUGGUAGAAGUGGAAUUUUGUAUUGUAAGAAAGCUGAGGCCAUAAUAUAAUAAAUACAAAUGUCAUUUA